AUGAACCGAAUCUUCGGACAGGCUAAACCGAAACAACCCCCUCCGAAUUUGACUGAUGUGAUUUCCAAUGUGGAUAGCCGAGCAGAGUCUGUGGAUAAAAAAAUCGAUAAACUGGAUGAGGAACUAAAAAAAUAUAAACUACAAAUGCAAAAGAUGAGAGACGGUCCUGCAAAAGAGAGCGUCAAGAUGAAAGCUCUAAGAAUUUUGAAGCAAAAGAAGGUUUAUGAAAAUCAGAAAGAACAACUUUACAACCAAAGUUUUAAUAUAGAACAAACUAAUUUUGCAAUCCAGACGGUGCGUGAUACCAAGGUUACAGUGGAUGCCAUGAAAGUCGGUGCCAAGGAAUUAAAAAUGGAAAUGAAAAAAAUUAACCUAAAUAGUGUAGAAGACCUUCAAGACGAUUUAGCUGAUCUACUCGUCUCAACUGAUGAACUACAAAAUAUUCUCAGUCAAUCCUAUGCGACACCAGAUAUAAAUGAAAAUGAUUUGGAACAAGAAUUGAUGGGUCUGUGUGAUGAGCUAGGUUCUGAUACAACGUAUUUAAAUGAAGACUUUAACGCACCUUCUGUUCCAACCGGGAUUCCUGGAGAUAGUUUACCAACUCCAGCCACGGGUACUAUGCCGUCUGUUUCAAAUAUCAAACUGGACGAAUUUGGUUUGCCUCAGAUUUCUUGA